AUGGGCUACAGAAAUCAGAAACGAUCGAAGUACUCGAUCGCCCUCAACUCGAGACUGCAUUCCUUGCCGAUUGUUUACGACGAGUUCCAUGCGUUUUGCGGUUCGCCAAAGGACAAGUCUUUCGAAGCAAGAAUUCACUGCGUUCUUGAGCUCGCUGUCAAAGAUUUUGACCGCGAAGUUCGGGUCAUGCUCAUUCGCCUGAUUGUCCUCAUCCUUGGCGAUUCUAGAGUGCUCAGCCUGCCCAAAAACUUCCUUCAAAUCGACGACAUAAAGCUUCUUAUGCGACAGUAUCCAAAAAACAAAUGCCUCUACCAAUUCGCGGACGAAAAUGACUUCCUCUUCGAGAUCGCCGUCUUUGGCUGUGAAUCUGAGUUUUCUACACAGGUUGCCGAGCCCAGCUGCGAAUUCUUUCACGACAUUCUCGCCGGCUUGCUGGAAAAUGGAAUGAAAAUAGAGCAGCUCCAUUCGCCUGCUUGCGGAACUACCCUCGUUGAUUUCUUGAAAAACGAGUUGGAAAUGCACAGAGAAGCGAUGGAAAAGGAAAAACAGUCGGAAAUAAAAAUUCCAGAAACUUUGCGCGACAAACUGCACGGCGACAAAAUCGUGGUUCAAUCACUUUCAAGUCUGGGCUACUAUCACCUCAAGUUUGUAGACGCCGUGACGAAGGCACUGGAAAUGCUGCAACAAGAAACGAGAAAAAAUAAAGUGUAA